AUGCUAAUCUGCUUACUGCUGAGAUGGAACCUGAGACAGCAGACCAGGAAAUGCGGGAUUUUGAAGAGCAGGGUUGACCUGGCUGAGAGAGAGCAGCAGAAAUCCUUCUCUGAGAAGGCAGUGAAGAGAGAUUUUGAGAUGAUUAUUAUCUCAGAUGAGAAGAAGAAGAAGAAGAAGAAGAAGAAGAAGAAGAAGAAUGAGAAGUGA